AUGGCUUUCAAGCUCGUACUUCUGGUGUGCGCCAUCGCUGCAGCACAGGCCGGCGUUUUAGCGCCCGUGUCCUACGCGGCGCACCCGGCCCCAGUCGCUUACGCGGCCGCCCCAGUUGUACAUGCGGCACCGGUGGUCCACGCCGCCCCCGUUGCAUACUCCGCCCCCAUUGCGAAAGUCGCCGUCGCCCCCAUCGCCAAGGCCGUGGAGGACUUCGACGCGCACCCCCAGUACAGCUUUGCGUACGACGUUCAGGACGGUCUCACCGGGGACUCCAAAUCGCAGCACGAGACCCGCGACGGUGACGUAGUCCAGGGCUCCUACUCCGUAGUCGAUCCUGAUGGCACCAAGCGCACCGUAGAUUACACUUCGGACCCUCAUAACGGUUUCAACGCGGUGGUACACAAGGAGCCUCUUGGCGCGCCCAUCGCUAAGGUAGCCGCCCCAGUUGUGCACGCCGCCCCCGUUGUUCAUGCUGCCCCAGUUGUGCACGCUGCACCCGUCGCGUACUCCGCCCCAAUCUACCACCAC